CUCUGCGCGGCCGGCGAGGAAACCCGAAUGGUGCAAGGCGUGAUCAUCGAAGCGGACCACAUCGUGGACACCAACCCAGCAGACGGCAGCGUCAUUGCCCGGGUGCCGAUCAGCACGCCCGCAGUGGUCGACGAGGCGCUGCAGGCAGCAAAGGCGGCACAGCCAUCGUGGGAGCAGACGCCGCUCUCUGAGCGGUGCGAGCGGAUCGCGGCCGCCGUGAAGUCCCUCACGCCCAAGGCAAUGUGAGAGGCCGCAUCGAAUGGCAUCGGGUGCGAACGCACACGUUGGCUGGAGGAUAGGUCGCCUCCAUCGCCGAGCUGUGUGUGCGCGAGAUGGGGAAGAUCCUCUCCGAGGCGACGGAGGAGGUCGAGGGCGCGGCUGACAAGGACGAGUUUGUGCGGCACGUACGCGCCGCCAACGAAUGUCAGCUGAUCGGCGGAUCCUCCAUCCUCGUCCGCGAUGCACACGGCGUGGUGGCGGUCUGCGCUCCUUGGAACUUCCCAGUCGACGAGAUUCUGCUGCUGGCCAUUCCAGCGCUCGCCGCCGGGAACGCGGUCGUCGUCAAGCCGUCCGAGGUGGCGCCUCUCUCGGGCCAGGCGGCCGUGGAGGCGCUGCAGGCGGGCCUCCCCUCCGGGCUGGUGGGGCUUGUGCAGGGCGACGGAGCUGUGGGGCAGCGGCUGGUCGAGUCGCCGCUGGUGGACAUGGUUGCGAUGACGGGCUCGUCCGCAACGGGCAAGCGCAUCAUGUCGGCCUGCGCGGGCGGGCUGAAGCGGCUCGUACUCGAGUUGGGCGGGAAGGACCCGUUCAUCGUCUUCGAGGACGCGGACCUGGACCUCGCCGCCAAGGACGCGGUCGCCUUCUCGCUGAUGAACUGCGGGCAGGUCUGCUGCGCCGUCGAGCGGGUGUACGUGGCGGAGGCGGUGCAGGCGGCGUUCGAGGAGAGGGUGGUGGCGCUGGCGAGGGGGUACGUGGCGGGGAACGGGCUCGACAGCGGCUCAAAGAUCGGGCCGAUGGUGUCGGCGAGCCAGCGCAAAGUCGUGUCGAGCCACGUCGAGAGUGCGAUCGCCGAGGGCGCCACCUGCCUGCUCGGCGGUCCCGCCGAAGCCGAGAGGCUGGCGGGGGCGCUUCCUCAUGGCCACUUCUACCCCGCGACGGUGCUGUCGGGUGUGCCGCAGGGCGCGCGAAUCACGGCGGAGGAGACGUUCGGGCCGGUGGUCGCGAUCACGCCGUUCGACGGCGAGGAGGCGACCGCCGUCGCCCUCGCAAACGACUCCGAGUACGGCCUCUCCGCGUGCGUCUACACGGGCUCGGCGGCAAAGGGCGCUCGCGUCGCCGCGCGCAUCAAGACGGGCCAGGUCGGCAUCAACAACUGGCCGCUGAUCAACGCCGCCGCGCAAUGCCCGUGGGCGGGGCAGAAGGGCUCCGGCUUCGGCUACCACAGCGGCGAGGACGGGUGGCGGCAGUUCUCGUCGCCAAAGUCACUCGUGUACGCGACGGCCGAGGAGGCGGAGGCCGUCUUCAGGGAGCUGGUCAAGUAGUAAGAGGGAGGGCCGAGACCGCGCUGGGGGCGACUCAAUGUUUUCUCUUCUUCUCUGACUGUCCGACUUGCUUCAGAGAAAUAAAUAAAUAAAAACGGACACCUCUACUGUG